ACUGGCUGUGUUACCUUUAGUAAUCUUGUGUUUUGUAGCUGUCUAGCGGUCCCUGUCUCUCCCACCAUGUGAAUGAAGUGACAAGGCUAAACCGGUUCAUACGUGGAUGGGAGGCCGGUUUCAGCUAGCUGCGUUGCCAUAGUAACGAGCUCUCUAUAAAUACUGUCGGGAUCCUUUAUCGGCUUCCACUCCAGUUUCAGUCCUGGUAGAGAGGCGACACCUUCAGCAGCGGGCUUCAUUGUGAGGGGGGAACUGCUUUAUAUUUUUUAUCCCAGAAUUCGGGUCUAAUGGACAAACUCUUUGUAAAUGCUUUUUAAGAAUCAUCACUCUAGGAAAACACACACUGGCUACUCAGCAGGCCCUGGCCUCGAGUCUUAUUUGAAGGGAUUUAACUUCACUGGUGAGCCACCUUGGCUUCGCUCCACUUGAGUAAUAUUCAAUUUUCUAGUGACCAAUCAAAAGGACUUCUUGUGACCAUGAACACUGCCACUUCUGAGUUUGAAUUCUCUUUCCUGGAGGAGGGUUUCUCUGCCCGGGAUAUUGUGGAGCAGAAGAUCAAUGAGUCAUCCAUGACGGAUGACAGGGAUGCCUUUUACAUCUGUGACUUGGGAGAUGUGCUAAAGAAACAAUUGCGCUGGGUGAGGGCCUUGCCUCGCGUCACUCCUUUCUAUGCUGUCAAAUGCAACGACAGCCGGGCUGUAGUUAUGACACUGGCAUCCCUGGGAACUGGCUUUGACUGUGCAAGCAAGACGGAGAUUCAGAUGGUUCAGUCUCUGGGAGUGGAUCCAAGCAGAAUCAUCUAUGCCAACCCCUGCAAGCAAGUUUCUCAGAUCAAGUAUGCGUCUGCCCAUGGGGUCCAGAUGAUGACCUUUGAUAGCGAGGUGGAACUCAUGAAAGUAGCCCGCUGUCAUGACAAUGCCAAGCUGGUGCUGCGUAUUGCCACAGAUGACUCAAAGGCGGUGUGCCGCUUGAGUGUGAAGUUUGGGGCCCCACUCAAAGCUUGUCGAGGUCUCCUGGAGCGGGCUAAAGAACUGGGGCUGGAUGUGAUCGGUGUCAGCUUCCAUGUUGGCAGUGGCUGCACUGAUCCCGGGACCUACACCCAGGCUAUCGCUGAUGCCCGCUGUGUCUUCGAUAUGGGGGAUGAGCUGGGCUUCAACAUGGACCUUUUGGACAUCGGAGGUGGUUUUCCUGGUUCAGAUGAUACUGAACUCAAAUUUGAAGAGAUCACAGCAGUAAUCAACCCAGCCUUGGACAAGUAUUUCCCUGCUGACACUGGUAUUAAGAUUAUUUCUGAGCCAGGGCGCUUUUAUGUGGCCUCUGCUUACACACUGGUUGUCAACAUCAUUGCCAAAAAGGUCAUCAUGGAUGAGGAGUCAGCCUCUGACGAGGAAGAUGAAGGGACCAAUGACAGGACUCUGAUGUACUAUGUCAACGAUGGCGUGUACGGAUCCUUCAACUGUAUACUCUAUGACCAUGCUCACUGUUUGCCAAUACUACAUAAGAAGCCAAAGCCAGAUGAGGUUAUGUACCCCUGCAGUAUCUGGGGACCAACAUGUGAUGGCCUUGAUCGCAUCGUUGAGCAGUGUAACCUGCCUGACCUGCAGGUGGGCGACUGGCUGGUCUUUGAGAACAUGGGUGCCUACACCGUAGCCGCCUCCUCCACCUUCAACGGCUUCCAAAGACCUGAUAUUCACUAUGUCAUGUCCCGCCGUGCCUGGCAACAUGUGCAGCAGAUCUGUUCCCAGGGCAUGCCAGCUCCGGUGGAGGAGUCUUGCCUGUUAGAAGUGCCAGCCUGCUGUGGCAGAGAGAGCAGCUUGGAGUUGUCCACUAAGCCCUGCCAAGCCCACGUGGUUUAAACACAUACUGUACAUCACAGCAAUGUUCUCCACACCUAGCAUCCUUUAUUAGUUACUGGAGAAGGUUCUGUUUGUUUGUUUUCUUUUCUUCUCCCCAAGCGUACGUGAAAUUUCAAGGCCAGUUACUUGACAGGAGAAUGAGAGGGACAUGUUGUUGCGCACAUUUCUGUGUUCUGUAUGGAAGCUGGGGAUCAACCUUCAAUGAAAUGAGGCUGAAUCACACUCCGAGUGUCUCUGUGUGUUCCAGGCAGAGUGUUAAAGGGCAACUCUGUACUUGAACUUGUUGCUGCAGUCUUCCUGCCAUAAUAUGGGGGAAUGACUGUAAGCACUUGAGAACUGUAGUUCAUGAAGACCCUAUUUGCUGAACUGGAAUAGUGUAGGAAGAGACAUACAUCACAAAACUACUUCACUGAAGAUUUCCCAUCACCACAGGACUCACAACACUUGAAACUGUAGCAAUAGUCCAAGAGGUGAAGGGUUACUCACACUGUUAAUUUAAUAUCAAAAAGAAUAGUAGCAGAUUCCUUCCAGCUUAGGCAAUCGCCAGUGCUGACAGACCUACAAAAUGUAAGGGAGGUGGGGGGGGUUAGUUUACUAAACGCUCACCCUAGAAAGCCCUGUUAACAGCUGAAGUCACAUCCCUAGCUAGAAACUCGCAAAGAGGUGGUUGGAGGGGUGAUUUAAUUCCUCAAAAAUGGCUGCUAUGUUUAUAUUUAUAUUUUCCAUGAUCUCCACUUCUGUACAGAACCCCUCAAGUGUUAAUCCUCUAGAUGUUAACAUAUCAAGAAACACCAGUUAUUCCUUUUUUUUUUUUUACUGGUGUUUAUGAUGUAGCUUUCCAGUGUGUUUGUGUGUGAUUAUGGGCAGAGCAACUCUUUCUCAUGCUAAAUUUUGAUGUGUUUUUACACAAACUCACAGGAAAUGCAUUCAUGUCACAUUCUACAUGUCGAAACACUAUAUAGUGCGUCUCUGGCUGUCAGACAGCAAUAUACUGUAGAUACAUAACUAAAUUUGACGUUUCGGCUACCCAUGUCAAGCAUGUGAUCCUCAUAUAUGUCCUGGUCACCAGACAGACUACUGGUACCACCAAAAACAAAUCUUUAGGAUUAACACUUAAAACACAGGGACUCAAGAAGCAGACGGCACCUCUCUUCUCUCCACCUUAUUUUAUUUUUAUUUUUUUGUACCUUGUAGAAGGCAAGAAGUCUGUUCAUGAUAUUAAUAAGAAGCAGUGUUUAACCAUACAUUUGAAAUGGAUAUGAAAGAUGGGAUUGCAAAAUCAUAAUGCUUUCCUAUGGAAACUUUUUGAAGUUUUGUAUUUUAUUAAUAAAUAAAACAUUAGGUGCAGAGCCAAA